AUGAAAUCUUCAAAUUCUUCCGAGUUAUCGCUUGUAAAUGGAUCCAUAGAUAACAAUCAAGACAGAGAUUCAGUUCUAUCGUCAUCUCUACAUAUUCAACCCAUAGUAACACCAAUAGUGUCAACACCAUUGGUGUUAUCUACGUCACCAUCAGAGAUUUCAAGAGAAGCAUCUGAUAACAAUGAGAGUACCUAUGCAUUAGAUCAGAAUCAAGACAACUUAGGAUCAGAAACUGCAGCUAAAUCCGAUAUUGUUACUGAUUCGGUCAACAACUCAUCCAAAUCCACAAACUCAAAGCCAGAGUUUAAAGCAAAUGAUACAUUGAAUAAAACUCAAAAGAUUCAGAUAAAACAAACUGAAGGGUCAUCAGCAGUAAAAAACAUCACAAGCUCACCUACAUCAGUGAAUUUAAGUGAUAAGACCAAAGAAUCAGCUCCUGAUGGGAUCAAAUCAGAUUCAGUCUCGAACAAGGCAUCGUUAGAGCAAAUCAACACUACAACGAAUAAAUCGGCAACAGAAAAUACAAAGCAAAAUGAUACACAAAAUCAUAAUUUGUCGAGCGUAAAAGGAUCCGUGGAUAAAUCUAAUAAUGGUAACAGUCAAGAUGAAGGUCCAGUUCCAUCAUCAUCUCUACACAUUCAACCCAUAGUAACACCAAUAGUGUCAACACCCUUGAUUGUUUCCUCUACCGGCAUCGAUUCUACCGAUCGAGAGUCCAUAGACAAAUCACCAUCAACAUCGAUGACAAAAGAUUCCGAUAAAACUGAAACUUCAAGUGACAAGAAAAAAGAUUCAACUACUGAUGCAAUAAAAUCCACUCUAAUCUCGAACGAUAAGCCGUUAGAAAAAGGUAACGUUACCACGAAAGGACUAAAAAACGAUACAGAGGAUAGAAAAACAGAAGAUUCAGUUAAAAACUCUGAUAACCAUUUGAUUUCAACAUCGAAAAAUAAUCAGAGUCAAGUAUCAAAUUCUAUGAAAGAUUCAAACCAACCAGACUCGGGUGUAGAACUGAAUGUUGCAUCAUUAAAUACGUUUGUUGGGCCCAUUGAAACCCAAGAUUCGUCUUCGAGUGUUACAAAUGUUAAUGAACCAGUUCCUAAUGAUACAAAGACACACUCUGAAACGAUAAAAUCCCCACACUCAAAAGAUACGAGUGACGAAAUGAAAGACUCGUCCCUCGAUUCGGUCAAAUCAACUUCAGAUUCAAAUGAGAAACCAAAAGAAGAAUUCAGCUUUACAACUAAAGGAUCGAACAAAGAAAACACAAAGCAAAAUGAUACAACAAAUAAAACACCAGAGAGUUCAGUAGAAAGUCCCGAUAAUUAUUCGCCAGCAUCAAAAAAGAAUCAAACUCUAAAAUCUGAUUCGAAUCAAUCAGAUUCUGGUGUAGUGUUUAAUGUCGGUUCUUUAAACACUGUUAUUGUUCCUGAUGAAACCAAAGCAUCGUCAAUCAGUGUCAAAGAUAAACUUGUAUCAACCCCUACCGAUCAGAGUCAUGUUAUAGAGGCAACUAAAAGUAAUAAAGUAAAUGAGUCGAAAACUAGUUCGUCAACGACUGAUUCCAGCCCGAGAACAGUAGAUUCGCACGACAUUGGAACUUCAUCAGAUAGAAUUACUGGAAAUCCUGAUGAGACCAAGCUUAUCACCGAAUCUGAUGAGGAAGAAAAAGACAAAUCAGAGCCAAUAUCAAUUUCCGUGAGAAAUGAAUUAACAUCGACUAUUGUUAUAUCGUCUGUACCAACGGAAAACUCGAGUGUAAUUGAGAAGAAACCAAUGAUUGAAUCAAAUGAAACGUCAGAGACUUCGAAGAAAAAAGACCAAAAUUAUGUUGUUUCAACAUUGGAAAUUAACCAAGUACCACAAUUUUCAAGUGAAUCUCAUACAAUUAACUUCGAUUCGAGUGGAAAAGAUUCACCUUCAUCGUCAACUAAUAAAUCGUUGGAUCAAAUAAACGGAAAAGUUGAAACGAAUGGACCAUCAAAUGAUGUAUCUAAUAAAACAUUGGAAAAUGCAAACCAAUUAGAUUCAAAUGUAGUGAUUAAUGGCUCAUCUCUAAAUACGGUUGUUUUGUCGGGAGAAACUGACAGACAAGCAAUUAGUGUCAACGAUUUUCAUGUAACCUCAACGAAUGCUAUGAGUAUAAACACAGGAAAAUCUUCAGGAGAUAAGGAGAAAGAUUCGGAAACUCAUUCGAUUAUGAAUAACUCGACCUCAGAAGAAACGACUACAGAGGACGAAGAAAAUUGUGAUGAAUCUGCUGAUGAAGAAACGACAACAAUCGGUGCAAUAGAAACUCAUCAACCGACUAAAGUUACUGAACAAAAAGAUCAAAAGGUUCGUCCAAUGUUCAAACAUCACAACAAAAUUCUCAAACUAUCGGUUCUUCAAUAA